ACAACAACUACCCCAACUACAACAACCACUACCCCACCUACAACAACCACUACCCCAACUACAACAACCGCAACACCAACUACAACAACCACUACCCCAACUACAACUACCACUACCCCAACUACAACAACCACUACCCCAACUACAACAACCACUACUCCAACUACAACAACCACUACACCAACAACAACAACCACUUCUCCAACUACAACAACCACUACCCCAACUACAACAACAACUACCCGAACUACAACAACCACUACCCCAACUACAACAAACACUACACCAACUACAACAACCACUACCCCAACUACAACACCAACAACAACAACCUCUACACAAACUACAACAACCACUACCCCAACUACAACUACCACUACCCCAACAACAACAACCAAUACACCAACUACAACAACCACUACACCAACAACAACCACUUCUCCAACUACAACAACCACUACCCCAACUACAACAACCACUACCCCAACUACAACAACCACUACCCCGCCUACAACAACCACUACCCCAACUACAACAACCACUACACCAACUACAACAACCACUACCCCAACCACAUCAACCACUACCCCAACCACAUCAACCACUACCCCAACGACAACAACCACGACCGCAACAACAACAACCACUACCCCAACGACAAAAACCCCAACCCCAACAACAACAACCACUACCCCAACCACAACAAACACUACCCCAACUACAACAACCACUACACCAACGACAACAACCACUACACCAACAACAACAACCACUUCUCCAACUACAACAACCACUACCCCAACUACAACAACCACUACCCCAACUACAACUACCACUACCCCAACUACAACAACCACUACCCCAACUACAACA